AUGGCGUUGCAUCCAGGCCCUACCGAAGUAUUACGCAAGGACUUGCAGACUUUGGACUCUCUGCACGACGUCAACGCGCUCCUGUCGCUACCUUCCAUGAACGGCUUCAUCAACGAGACCCUCCGUCUUUACCCUACCACGCCGACCGGCGGCUACAGGGUCACGCCGCCUGAAGGUCUUCACGUCGCCGGGCGAUACAUUCCCGGCGGUACGACGGUCGUGGCGCCCGCUUACAAUAUCGGCAGACGCAAGAAAUUAGCGUUGGCCGAGUUGAGUAUCGUGGUUGCGUUGAUGGUGUCGAAGUAUCACAUCCGAUUUCCUCCAGGCGAGGACGGAUCGAGGGUGGUCAGGGAUAUGAGGGACUGUUUCACGGCGAAGCCGGGGCAGCUGAACCUCGUGUUUGACGCGGUGGAUGACCGGUGCUAG